AUGGAGCAAGAAAUUGAUGGCAUCAAGGAUUUGGAUAAUGAGCUCCACAAUCUAAGGAAAGCCAUUGAAGAAAAGCUGCAAUCAAGAAAUUAUCAAAGUAUGAGAUAUGAAGAUUUUUGUUUUCAUCCAGAUGUUGAGCUUCCGCCAGGGAAUAAGCUGCCAAAAUUCAACACUUUUAACGGGAUGGGAGAUCCCAUUGCUCAUUUAAAGGAUUAUUGUAGCAAAUUGAUUGGUAUUGGACAUAAUGAGUCCACUCGAAUGAGAUUAUUCAUUCAAAGUUUGUCCGGAUUAGCGCUCACUUGGUACACUAGACAAGACUUUAGCAAAUGGCGUACAUGGGAAGAUAUGGCUAGCGAAUAUGAGUUCAACAUCGGACGCGAUCCGCACAUGACUGAUUUGCUCAAAGCAAAGAAAAUGCCGCAUGAAUCUUUUCUAGAGUAUGCCAUGCGAUGGAGAUUAGAAGCUUCGAAAAUACAUCUGCCAUUUCCUGAGGGAGAAUUGAUCUCAACCUUCAUUCAAAUUCAAGAAGGCAUAUAUUUUGAUAAGUUGCUCGCGACUUGUGCACACAAUUUCUCUGAUUUGAUUCGAAUUGGAAACGAGCUAGAAUGUGGCAUUCUGGAAGGAAAAGUUGUAGGCAAUUUAACAACUCAAGCCAUUAACCAAACCUUCCAUCAAGAGAUACCUGGAAACCUGCAAAGCAAAAGUAAAGAAGAUAACUCAAUUGCCACAACUAUGCACCAGCCACAAUGCUAUGAUAAUAGCCAAUUUUUGCAAUCUUAUGCCAAUUCCAACUUUAGGAGCAUGCACCUCCAGCCUAAUCGCCAGAAAAUAUUUUAA